AUGGACGUCGGACCCGUUCAGAUGAGUCUGAACCGGUCCGAACCUGGAUCAUUAGAGUUGCAGGAUACUCACUGUCAACACAUCAGUAAGUUUGCCGGUGAAAUCAUUACCAGCGCAAUCCUCACCGGCGCCAUCAUCACCAACACGAUCGAUCGAAAUGAAUAUUCACAUCUCGUCCUGGCCUUGCACAGAACAUCAGCCAAGAAUAAAAGGGUGGGGUAUAUGCAAGUUAAUGCUAAUGGCAUUUUGAAGGAUGCAUCCAAAAUCGAAUGGUAUCAUGAUCCUGACAACGACAUGCCCAUCUUGCCCCAUCCUGAAUCCUCAUCUGAGGCUUUGCCCCCUGGCCCUCAUACCCUGGACUCUUUCAUAGGCUCUCACCGAAUGCCUGCAACAGUUGUUGCUGGUUCUCAUCGCUCUGGCCGGCCUAUCAAGCCUUCCGCAAAGGUGCGAGAAGCAGCAAGCAGUGCCAUUCCUGCCAAACGUUCAGGUACUACCACCAUGCCCCCUGCCACCAAGUGCCCGCUUGGCUCUUCUACAAUUGGCGACAAUGAUGGCGGUGGUGACGACGACGGCAACGGCAACAAGGAUGAGUCAUUUGUUGCGGAUUCAGGUGACGAAGAAGCCAAGGAAGCUGAAGAAGCUUACCAGCAAAUUAAAGCAUUUGGAGAUGCCGACCGAGAUGUUCGCAAAAGUCUAAAGAAAGAUGAGCGGACGGCAGAUCUCUGGAUGAUCUUCACCGAGGAAAAAGGCCACAAGAACACACACACUGGUGAAAGUGAGGAUGGAUGGUGGUGUAACGUUUGCAAGGAAGCAAAUGUGCCUCUUCAAAACUGUUUCUUCAAAGGCAGCAUUUCUACCCGUCGUACUCACAUCGCCCGGAAUCCAAACUGCCACUUUCCGAUUUACAAGAGUCGCUGCGAGGAGAAAGGCAUCAUCAUGCAUGAGCGUGCUAUUCCCUUAAAUGUCAAGGUAUCCGAUGGGGGGCAGCGAACUCUUGAUCGUGCCCUUGUCCCCAAGCCACCACAGUUUUCGAAGUCAGGCCUUGUCGACUAUAUUGUCGAGCUUAUCGUUGCCGAGGAUGAGAUACGAAAGUCCCCACAAGCUCGUGUUUUCUUCAAGAAGUGCUGCACUGAGGUUGACCUCCCCACUCUCAAACUUCUCAAAUGGGUUCGAACACGUUGGGCAUCACUCUUCAAGAUGUUGGAGCAAGUGAUUCGUUUACGCAAGGGAGUGAACAGGUUCACACAACUUGCUGACGACAGCAAAGAAGUCCCCAACUUACAAGGGAAAACAUAUUCGGCAUUCAAGCUCACACAACAGGAGUGGGCAAAGUUGGAAUUGAUUCGAGACGUGCUACAGCACUACACUGCACAGGAGCCUGCUAACGCUCAACAGACUUUCUCAGCUACUCGUGAACCUACAGUCUGGUGCACCAUUCCUGUCCUCGAAUAUCUUCAAGAGACAUGGGAACACAUGGCUGGCACUUCAACAUUCGACGUACUUUCAGCAUCUGUCACAUCCGGCCUGGACAAUCUGGCUAAGUGGUACUGCAAGACAAAUGACACAGAUGUCUACUUCAUCUGCCUUGUUGGAGGACAGAUGUACACCUCCAACAUCCAUGACCCAGUCUUCUUGGGCAUGUUCUUUGGUUACAGAUUGGCAAUGAAGGACCCCUCGGGACUUGAUAAACAUGGUCCAGCGCAGGAGCUAUGCGACCAAGUCAGCCAUGAAGAUGACUCAGAAGAUUCUCACACAUAUCAGGUGACUGUGAAAAAUAUGUUUACAUAA